AUUAUUUUAAUGCACACUGGCCACUUUUUGGCAAUACGUGGCAUGCCAUGGACAAACUUCCACGUUCGCCGCCAUUUUGACAUCCAGCAGAUUGUGUAGUGAUUUCGUAAAGUAAAACGUUUUUUUCUUGAUAUUAUAGACUUUUUCUUCCGAAAAUAAAUUAUAUACAGGCUGCAAGAUGGGGAAUAUGUUUGCAAAUUUAUUUAAAGGCCUCUUUGGCAAAAAGGAAAUGAGAAUAUUGAUGGUUGGUUUGGAUGCUGCUGGUAAAACCACAAUCUUAUACAAAUUGAAAUUAGGCGAAAUUGUUACAACUAUACCUACUAUUGGAUUUAACGUUGAGACUGUAGAAUACAAAAACAUCAGUUUCACCGUAUGGGAUGUUGGUGGUCAAGACAAAAUUCGACCACUGUGGAGGCAUUACUUCCAGAACACACAGGGUCUCAUCUUCGUAGUAGACAGUAACGACAGAGAGCGUAUCGGCGAGGCGCGCGAGGAGCUGAUGCGAAUGUUAAGUGAAGACGAGCUACGGGACGCAGUACUCCUCAUCUUCGCCAACAAACAGGAUCUGCCGAACGCCAUGAACGCGGCGGAGAUCACGGACAAGCUGGGGCUGCACUCGCUGCGCAACCGCAACUGGUACAUCCAGGCCACGUGCGCCACCUCCGGCGACGGGCUCUACGAGGGGCUCGACUGGCUCUCCAACCAACUCAAGAACGCCAACCGCUAACUAGCCUAGCCCACACUAAUCUGAUUACGGAAAGAGACUAUGGUUUAAGAUAUGUUAACUUUAUUUGCUAUAAAAUACAAUGUAUUAUGUGCGGAAUCGUAAAUGUAUUACUAACGCGUCAACGGCCGACCGAGCGCACAUCACACCCGCGUUGGACCCUCAGCUCCGCACCUGUCUCCGUCGUAGUCUCCCGCCGCGUCUCGCGAUCACAAGCACUGGCCGACCCGUGUGGUGUACGCUCGGUCGCCGUUGACGUCGAACAAAAUAUAGUGUGUAAAGUUAUUGCAAAAUUUCAUUUUUUGUUUAUAACAAUCAGUUAAUGUUGGGAGUUUGUAUCGAGGUGUACACGACCACACGCCGAGUGUCGCGCAUUGUGAUGUGGAUAGGUUCGUAGCUGACACGUGAUAAAGUGAAUCACAGCAUAACAUGUUUUAUAUGUAUACUGUAUGUGGAAUAAGUUGUCUUAAUAAAGUAUUUAAAGUUAAUUAAC